UGCGCCGGCUGCUGCCUAGAGAGCCAGACACAGAGCAAGAGGCAGAGGCAGGAGCGCAGCAGAGGCUGCUGACACGAGAGGUGCGGGAGUUGCACCCUACAGCGAGCAGAGAAAGGAGGCGAGCAGGAGCUGGGCUGUUGGACAGAGCAGUCCUCGAGCUUGACAGCAGGCUCUUUGCCCAGAGAAGAGUCCUGUGUCAGACAGGCCUUAGCCGCAGCUACUUGAGUCUCAAGAGGGACAUUCCCUGGGAAGGCUGCCCUGACCACACCCUGCCACCAACUGCCUGAAGGGGUCAUAAGGCGGAAGACCUCCAACGUGUGUAUUUUUAUUUUCUUCCUGCAAAGUGCUGCAAGGAGAAUUGUGGGGGAAAGUUUUAUCCAUCUCAUCCAAAGGAUUCUUUACCACGAGGCAGUUGGGAAGGAUUUCUACGUGCCUUGAUACAGUUUGGGAGCAGCCCCAAAGCCAGCUUCGAUUUGAGGACAAGGGCAACUGCAAAGCAGCAUGACUGAGAACUCUGCUGCAGCACCUGCUGCCAAGCCCAAGCGGGCCAAGACAGCCAAGAAGUCAACAGACCACCCCAAAUACUCUGACAUGAUUGUGGCCGCUAUCCAGGCCGAAAAGAGCCGGGCCGGAUCUUCCCGUCAAUCCAUCCAGAAAUACAUCAAGAGCCACUACAAGGUGGGGGAGAAUGCUGACUCCCAAAUCAAGUUGUCCAUCAAAAGGUUGGUGACAACAGGUGUCCUGAAACAGACCAAAGGGGUUGGUGCCUCUGGCUCCUUUCGCCUAGCCAAGGGUGAUGAGCCCAAGAAAGCUCCAGUUAAGAAGGCCAAAAAGGAAGUCAAGAAGGCCACAACACCCAAGAAAGCAGCUAAGCCCAAGAAAGCUGCUGCCAAGUCACCGGCCAAGAAGCCCAAACCUGCGGUAAAGAAAGCCAAAAAGAAGCCAGCACCUGCUCCAAAGAAAGCUAAGAAGCCAAAGACUGUCAAGGCCAAGCCAGUGAAGGCAUCAAAGCCUAAAAAGGCAAAAGCAUCAAAACCCAAAGCAAAGUCCAGUGCAAAGAAGUCCGCCAAGAAAAAGUGAAGGACAAGCUUGGGACCUUCUUUCUUGGACAUUCUUCUUGAUCUCUACUCUGUAAAUAGUUUUCUCCUUUAUUCUCUACACCUUUCUAUUGCAGCUUUAUAAAAGACUGAAGUAUUCUUCCCUUAUAAUAGUUUAAAUAACCCAAUUACCUAAAAAAACCUUUAAUAUGGAAGGCUCAAUUCUUGGUUUGGAUUUCCCCCCCAAAUUGCAAUUUUUAAAUAUCCUUUUGUCUUCAUCUUGUUUCUCUUCCUCCCCUCCCCUUAAAGGUAUGCAAUACUUGUUUGUGUUUUGAGCAUGAGGGAAGAUCAGGUUAGAUAAAGAGGAAUAUUCUGAAUGUUCCUACUACUUUGAGAGAAUUUUUUAAAUGCUUGGCUAAGGAUGGGACGAAACAUGGAUCCUCUUUUAGCCAGGGCACCUUAAAUGAUGGAUCUGAGAAACCUAAUCCUAUUGGAAGCUUUUAGCUACUUGGAAUUGGAUGCUAUAUCAUGAUUUUAAACAAACAAAAACUUUUGUUGGUGGGACAAAUAAGAUUUCAAUGUAACAAUGUAUUUAGGAUGGUGUGUUUCUUUCUAGCCCUGGUAAGGGGUGGAUAGGUUGAUGCUUUCUGCUGGCUUUGCUCUUUCACUGUGUGUUGUGUGGGGUGGGGAGGGGGAGGUUACAUUAAAAAUGGAAUAACAUUAAAAAUUGGUAAAAAAUUGGAUUUUAUUUUCCUUGUUAAAAUCUCUGUAGGCUGAUUGUACUGAAGUGGGUAUCAGAAUGAAAAUUUAAUUUUCCCUUCCAAAGAAAUUAGAAAUAGGUAUCUCUUACCCCCCUGGGGUCUGAUCAUCCCCCCCCCCGCCCCUGCCCUCCGCUGGAGUUUGAACACUAUCUCGGUCCUGGCAACUUCAAGGGAAGGUGUCAUAUGAAAACUGUCCUUCUGCCAUCAGUGAAGUCUUGUAAUGGGUUUUCAGAGUGCUUCCCAGCCCUGCAGUGCCUGCCUCCUAAUCCACAGCUUUUCUGUUUAGAUUCUUGUGUCUAUCAUACACCCAGCAAUCUAUAUUUUUUCAGUUGUGAGUCUCUGUUCAAUGGGUGAGGGAGGGAAGAACGAAUGUAGGUGGUGCAGGAAAUGUAGUCCAUAUUAAAUCUAUUGAAGUAACUUUAUGAAGCUGUGUACUAUUAUUACUAAGCUUUGGAGUGGUUUUUUUCCUGCGUGGAGUGUGUGUGAAAAGGAUAAUUUUCAGUACUCCAGUUUAAAAACAAAAAUAUGCUUGUUUAAACAAAGGAAAAUUUUCAUAGGGUUGACACUUGAUUGUCCAUUUUAUUUUGUAUGUGUAAUUUUGUGCAAGAAGGAUUUAGCUGUCUUUGUAACUUUAGGGUUUAAAAUAAAAUGUAAAACAGCA